AUGGCAUUUAAGUCCAAUGAAGAGAUUGCUCUUCAAGUACGAACCAUUCCCCUUAAUGAGAUGAUCCUAGAGUCAGAGCCUGUGCUCCUGCUCAAAAUAGAUGUUCAGGGCUGGGAGUAUCAUGUAUUGAAGGGAGCUUCAAAGUUACUAUCCAGAAAGAAAGGUGAAGCCCCAUACCUAAUCUACGAGGAAGAUGAGAAGUUGUUGCAAGCCAGCAAUAGCAGUGUGAAAGAAAUCAGGGAUUUCCUCCAGAGUGUUGGUUAUCAUCACUGCACUCAGCACGGUACAGAUGCACACUGCAUCAAACAGGAUUGA